CGAUCAACAAUUAACUAAUAACAAUCAAUGUAAAAACUUGAAAAUAAAAAAAAGUUUCUCGUUCAACUUUUGUUUCAUCCAAAUUAUUUAUUUAUUUUUCCUAAAAUAGACAAUCAAUUGAUCACUAAUUGUAAUCAAUUAUGAGCCAAGAUUUUCCCAAAGAUUUGACCAAGGGUCAAGUGAUAAUUAAUUUCCUUAAAUUGUUGAAAUUUGACAUUUACCUGUUCCUCAAUGUCGCAAUUGUGAUGCAAGGAGUGACCAUCACACAAUUAGCAGAGGACAAGAUGUGUAUUAAUCAAUUACAUUUUCCAAAGGAAUAUUGUUUAACCUUAACAACUAAUCACAGUCACGAAUCAACAACUCAAUCAAUUCUGGUUCAUGCUAAUACCCUGAAGAAUUGGCAAACAGUGAUAGAAACAGUUCCAUCCACAAUUAUUGCUCUGUUCCUGAGUUAUUGGCUUCAGAAUUAUCCUCAUUAUCUGAAAACACUAAUCAUGGUUCCAUGUUUUGGUUACAUCAUUCAGAUUUUCAUCUUCUUAACAAAUGCCUUCUUUUUUAAAGUUCCUUCUUGGGCUAUAUUACUUGCUUAUGUUCCCUCUGGUCUCCUUGGUGGGAUAACUUUAUUGAUGAGUUCGUAUUCAACUUACGUUUCUUGGUCAACACCAACACGAUUCCUGAUCAUCAGAUUUGCUAUUUUUGAACUUGUCACCAAAAUCGGUGUAUUAACUGGUACUUAUGCUGGUGGUAAUAUACUUGCAAUGAAACCCUGGUUUCAUGAUCAACCCGAAAACUAUUUGGGAGUUUUAAUUGUUUCAUUAGGUUUGUUGGUCUUAUCAUUGAUUUUGGGCUUUUUCAUUCACCUGGAAGGUGUUCCCGAAACGGCCGCUCAUUUGGCAUCUAGAGGCCACAAAGAGAUAGCUAAAGAUGUAUUUCAAUUUUCGCGAUUCAAAGAAUUGGCUCAGCCAUUAGUCGUUAAAAGAACAGGUAAAAACAGGCUCAAAUUGAUUUUCCUCGUAAUCUCUGGAGUAAUUGUUUGGAUAACAUUGUCCGGCGAUGACGCAAUAGCCUUCCAAUUCACCCAACAGGUAUAUGGAUGGUCAGCAUCUAAGUACACAAAGUUGUCGACCUUCCUGAACGCCAUGCCCGCCGUGUUAACUGUAAUCGCUCCUCAAAUAUUUAAAAUGUUUAACCUUCACGAUGCGACAAUCGGGCUAAUCGGUAUACUCUCAUUGCUCUCAGCGAACGCGAUUAAAGGUGUAAUAACCAAUGAAAUCGGGUACGUGAUGUGCGUCCUUUCAGCUGGACUAUCUUCAUUGGCCAGUAUCGCCAAUCGAGCCUUAAUUAGUCAGAUAAUAGAUCCCGAGGAAACGGCCAAAGUAUUUGCAAUACUUGGAUCACUUAAUUCCUACAUGUCAAUUGCAGCCGCUUAUGCUUACACCAGUAUAUUUAGUGCAACAAUUAACACCCGUCCAGGGUUAAUUUAUAAUUUAGCGACAUUUUUGUUAAUCUUUCCAAUGGGCAAUUUUCUGGUCAACAAUAUAACAAUGAACCGAUCAAAAAGCAAAUCAACUCCAUCACCUCCCAAUCUGCCAACAAUUAGUCCCUCAUUAGAUAUAAGUGGUAAUCCAAUUGAAUUGGAUUCAAAGCCUAACCAUUCUGGUGAAACUCAGGUUGAAAUUGUUUCACCUUCCGUGUAAUUUAAAUUGUAAACAUUUAAUAAACUGAUUAACUAGUAAAACAAUCAACAAA